AUGGCUUCGGCACGGAAGAUGUCACUGACGAGACGAGUUGUGUACCUGGGCCGACAUUCAACGUCAUCCCAAGGGUCUACUGGUGUGAUUAUAGUCGGUCAAGGAUACCAAGGAGACGACCAUUACGGGCUGAAGAGAAUAACAGCCAGGUCAACCACCCAUUUUGACGCCCAUGCGGAACCCCUCUCGCCAAAGGAUGUCGCAAGCGGAGCAACUCGCUUCGGUGCCUUUCAUUUCGACGGUGUGGUAUAUGGCGCCUACCAUUCGCGAGUUACAACUCUCCGCUGUGUCAGAGCACCCAAGGGUCCUGACUUAACUGUGCGAUGGGAUGAUGGCUCCGGCCACAGUAUGACUGUCAAGCCGGGGCCAACGACAUUCAUUGACAGUGCACAUAUGUACAACAUGCUCGCAGAAGAACGGAAGAUUGCCGACCAAAGUAUGUGGGAGCCUGCACCACAGCCGUAUGUCUGGACAGACACGCGCAAGAUCCGCAACUCUGGACUGGGUAUGACCCCCGGUGGAGAGACUGUGCCGCUUGACAAGGCUUCCUGCCUGGACGCCCGAGAAGGUGUUCUCACUGAUGUUGCGAGGAAGUUUUACCUCAAGAAGGAGCCGGACCGGGGGGAGGAAGUGGUGGAAGAUGGUGAGCGGAUUCGCGUCUUCUUGAAUGAUAUUAUUGAUCGCAUCAUCAAGCCCGAGAAUAUUCUUGUGCCGAUGUACGAGAAGGGAGAUGCGGUUAUGCUCAACAACUGGGAGGUCAUGCAUAGCUCGAUUGACUUUCCAGCGAGUUACGGCACCCGCACAAUGCACCAAUGCCACAUCCCAUCCUCGAACUUCCCAGCUGGUCCGGUUCCCGUCAAGUAG